AUUAAAAUGAAGGGCUGGGGUUUUAUUGAACGCCAAUAGCGAAUCUCCAGUGUCAGACAUAAUUAAACAGUGAUUCAACAGAAUCAAGAGGCGUUUCGUCCCAUUUCCUGGAGGGUCAUUGUUUGUUAGGGGCUCAUUGUUGUUGUUGUUGUCCCUGAUAAUCAAUGGCAGGCAAAGUGCAUUACAGACAGAAGAUGCAGCGAGCGAACUUGGUCGAGCAGGUCGCCUGGAAGAAUUGGCGAGUGAAAGCCGGACACGAUACAGGAAAUGUGUAGUGAUUAUAAGCUGAGAAGUAUCAUACGCCUGUUGAAUCUGGGAGAGACACUUUGGCCGUUGAGGCAGUUGCAGAUGAUCAAUCACCUACCUGUGUCAUGAUGCCGCCGACACCGACGAUACACUCCAGGUCUCGCAAGUUCUAGCUUGCAGGCAGGCUGGCGCUGUUCAUGUCGCUGGAAGUCUUUGCAACUCAACUGGCCCUCAUAGUUCUAUACAAUUGGGUAUUGGGAGGUUUUCAGGAUUUGGUGGCGGCCCAGGCCGCGGACCCUGCUUAAGCUCCAGGGCCGUUGUCGCUAUUAUUCAGGAGUGAGCUCACGACAACCACUCGUUCCUCGUCGACGACGGACUGUGUAUGUUGGCAGCCAUAUGCGCCGACCACCACCCACCAUCACCACGGCGAGACGGGAAGGGCAAGAACGGGCAGACCGGCCGCAUCGGGGAGGCCUCUGAAUCCCCUGAUCCGGAAGUGAAAUGCUCCUUGCUCCAAGUUGCUGUCGUCUCCGUCUUUCGUCUGUACUUUCUCCUCGUUAUGGAUCCCCGGAUGCUCCACAUAAGCUAUGCAUAAGACACAAAUUGGGAAGGGUAGUGGUCGGAUAGUGGCUGUCUGGACGAAAAAUACAGGGUUGUCAGACCGCCCUACAGGCAAGGUAGAGUCCAGACGAGACACUACUUCCAAAUAUUGUACGGCACAGUACAGCACGUAGCGCAAUACCGUAUCGCAGCCCGUACACUCCCCUACUACACCUACCAAUCGACAACCCACAAUCAAUUCAGAAAGGCCUCCUCUCUCCCUCUCCUCCCCUUCCCUUCCUUUCGUUGCAUCUCCCCAGCCGCUCACUGCCCUCUUUCUUUUCGCUCGUUCGCUCGUUCGCUCGUUCGCCCGUCGGAGUGGUAAUAAUAAUAAUAUCCUCCUGGCCGCCUCCUUCUUCGUCCUUCUUUUUUGUCCCAUUUUAUGAUAUAUAUUCCUUCGUAUAUUCGUUCGUUCGUCGCAAUUCCAGCUAUCCUCAAUUGACCGCUCGAUUCCUUCAGCGACGCCAACGAAAGACACGGCCCUGUCUAAACAUUCAUUUACCUAUUUGACCCAGUUAUUGACUUUACGAACUCUUUUUUUACCUUUCUCGGCGACAAACUACAGCUCUAUUCCGUUUACGAUGUCGCACUAGAACAGCCGGUAUUCAGGACGACCAGCACGACCCAUUGAUGAGCACAUGGGAGACUCCAACAACUUCCUCGGCAGGCGAAUCGAUCCUCGCGUCUCAAAACAUGGUUUCUCAUACACGAACCCCAGGGCGGAAACCGUUACAUGAAAGGUCCGGCUCACAAACCAACAUAGCAGCGGUGCGUUUGGUACCAGCGACUCCUCCGCAAUUACUAUGGAGCAAUACCCCUUCUCAGGAGCGAGAUGAUAUCUACAUGCGGACUGCCUUUCCGACACAUCCAGCCCAUAUUCUCCCCCCUCCAGACGCCGGCGCUUCAUUCUUUCAGGAGUCGGCGGCAUUGAUCCAAUCCGAAGACCCAGUUUCGGCCGCCCAGCCUCUGGCGAAACAGUUAAGAGGACAGGGGCCUGCUUUGACCACAACGUAUCAGCCUCGCCAAACCUCAAGAAGCACCACCUCGACCCCUUCCAGCUCUCGACAAUCGAGUGUCAAAUCCCUGCAGCGAAAGCGGAAGCAAGUUAAGGUUAACCCUGACAAAACCUUUUCUGUUUUAGAAGUUGCCGGACAAGUCGAAUCGACUAAACCAGACGAGAAUGGAUCCAGAUCCCCGUCCUCUACACAUAGCCGUUCCACGUUUGAUCGGCUAUCCUCAAGGACAGACACCUUCGCCCCACGGGGUGCCUCGGGCGCAACAUGGGAAUCAGAGACUACUGCGACAACUUUAGCUACCUCUUGCACUCCGAGCCCAGAUUUGUCGAGUAAAUCACCUACCUUUGAGAGUAACAUACCCUCGUCGCCUUGGAACUAUAAGCUCGUGGGAGGACUUCGAAAAGUUCCUGGGACUCCAGAUCUGAAGCAUAAGGUUGUGCCAUUGUCAGACUCACCGCCGUCCUUACCAGACUUGCCGGAAAUUGACCAAACGAACGAGCGGGAGUUAUCCAACAAGCAAUCUUUUCAAUCCGGCGUGACUACAUCGACGACCUCAGAUUAUAGUAAUUACAACGUUUUUCCAAGCUCACCACCAUUGCUAGCAACAGCAUCGAGCCAACCUCCCUCAAUCCACUCCGACCAACAGCUUGCACUUCCGUCCUCACCGAGUUCAUAUGUCGAAGAGUCCACUGUCCUUCACCAUCAGCUCCCACCUUCUAGUGACCAAAACUACGAAAUAUUUGGCCAAUCAUCCACGGGAUAUUCACCGACCUCUUCGCAGCUUGAGCUAUACAAUAACGAGAGCAAUUACGAGGUUCACGGAGAUUUGUCCCCCUCCCCGUCAACAUCUUUGAUCAACCUACCUGCCCAACCGCAGCAAGCAUACUCACGAGAGUCCUUGGUUAUACCGCCUUUGCAACCCAAGGCAAAACGAUCCGCUGAGCGAUUUGGGUACUACAAGAAGCAUUCACGAGAGUCGCUUCGGUCCGGAUCGUUAACGUCCAUUACAUCGGCCUUAAGUGAAGACUUUGUAAGGGCAAUUGCGACUGGUAGGCAGCUUACCCGCGUACCGAGCCUGAAAAAUAUCCCAGAAGCCAGCCCAUGGACAAAUCCGCUAGCUCUCAACGCAGUGAAAACACACAUGCAAGCGCAUCCGCACCAAUGGAGCUCACAGCUUUCUACUGUGGCCUCAGUCUCAGAAGGAGGCACCGAUCGAAAUUCACGCCAAUGGUCAGAAGCAAGGCGAAGCAGCGGGUUCGUGUCCCACACCCGCCAAAUCCCGAGCAUUGCCUCCACAAUUUCGCAAGACGAAAGAGUUCGCGACAGCAACUUGCUAGCGUACCCACAGCCAACGUACUCGCCGACUACCCAAGACGCUCCUGGGUCGACGACGAGAAUGGCUGAAGACCAAGAUGAGUACGGCGACAAACUUACAGAUAUGCCAAUAUUACACGAACGGCCUUCGAGAACCAAACUAUCAGGAUUUUUCAACAUCCCAUACGAUAUCGGGCGCAACAAUAGCAUGCGAUCAAUAUCCAGCUCAAGAGCGAACAGCAUCCUUGGUACGACACUCCCAACCUGGGCACAGCUAUACUACGGCAGCGGCGAGAGGCGAUAUCUUGAAGCGCCUGGUAGCUCGUCGGAAGCGUCUGAUAGCCGGCCCCCUAGCUCUUACCGGAGCGGCUCCCCGGAUACUACGAAUUUUCCAGUGGGUUUAUAUAGCCCUCGCCGACGACCAAGGGAGCUUCGUCCCCAGCGUCAAAUAUCUCAGAGGUCACACCACUCGAUGGAUAUCACACCUGCGGACCCGCCGAGCCGUGCGGACCCCGCCUUGACUGGGAGUGAUUUAAUUGAAUACUCGUUUAAGCAUCGUGUUCGGAAGCCAUCGAGUGUCUGGAGCCCACAUCUUGCGCAUGACAGGAGGAUGAGUCAGCGCCAGACUGCCUGGGAUGCCCCUUCGGUUAACUGGUCCCAGGGAGGGUUCAGCAGUGAGAAGAAUGUUCAAAUAAUAAUGUUUAUUGUCGGAUUUAUAAUGCCUAUUUCGUGGAUGAUUGCCGCGGUACUCCCCAUCCCGCCAAGACCCGAAUUUCCCGAGUUGACGGAGGAGGAUGCCAGAAAGAGCCGUCUGGAUUUGCGAGAAGAGAUGAAUCGCAUCUGGAGCCCAGUGGACGAGAAAAGAUAUCAAAACGCACGGUGGUGGCGGAUACUUAAUCGAAUCUUCUCCGUUGUGGGAGUCGCCAUCAUAACUCUCAUUGUCGUUCUAGUUGUGACGAAGGCUUGAGAAGAAGACGUAGCGGGGUCCAAUAUCCCCAACCACACACUAUCACAUACUUGCCAUUUAUUACCAUAUAUUUUACAUCUACAGCAGCUUCUCCACCAGCUGUCUCGGUAUAUUUACCAUCACCAACCACCAACACUGUGGCUCAUUCAUUACUACAUGCUAUUCAAUGCUACAACGACGCGGCUACGUCCGCACACGCCUUUCUUUUUCAUGGUUCUACGCCAAGCUUUUAAGCUCAAAAUAUCACGCACGGCUAACGCAGCCAAACUAUUUCAACUUUCUUCACGAUAAUUCGAUAAACGGCGGACGAGAACGACGGAGUUCAUUUUUAUUUUUAACCUUCUCCCAACCAAAACAGCGCUUUUGGGGCUUGGGCCUUACGAAAUUUAUGGAUGAGGAACAGAUUUUACGUUUUUACGAUUCACACUUUAAGACAUUUUCAUUUUUCUGUAUCUAUAUUGUAGCUUAGAUGAAUAUUACGAGUGGUUUUUUCUCUUGAUCUUGAAAAUAUUUUGGACAACCCACAAACAUGAAACGUUCAUACAUAUUUUGUGACAGGUAGAUUUAUGAUAUAG